AUGAGCACCAUGGAAUACAAAAGACCCAAGUGCUCGGUGCCUUUUCUCAUCAUCUCACAUGACGUGAAGGGAAGCGUGCAGCCUAGCGCGGCUGUUACGCGGCCUUCUGAGAUUAAGAGUAUCAACGAAAACCCUUCAUCGACAAUCCAGCCACAAAAUACUGGCCCUCAUCUCGAGAAAUCAAACGAUGCAUAUAACAAGCUUCCAGAUAUUUCGGAUCGUAGCUCAUGA